UGAAUGCUGAAUGAGAUAGAGGGAGACAGAAUCUGCUGGGCGCUCAGCUCCAGAGUUUCAGAUCCAGCAGGCUAAGCAGCCAGAGCGAAAGAAGAGCAGAGGCGGCUGCGCUGGCACUGCCAGAGAGCAGCAGAAGCAGGACACACUCCUAUUCCUAUAACUAGACAAGGAGACAGACACUCCCCUCUAUACAGGACACUCGCAGCCAAGUGCUACAUUGGGACAAACGCAUCAAAACUUCACUCCCACCCCACUAGCAAGGGGAAGUGGGAAGAAGAACUGCAUGUCUGUGUUGAUGGAUUAUUUGAAAUUCGUUUUAGUUUUGCAACCACUGAUUUUAUGAUUUUUUUUUUAAACUCUCUUGUGAUUUUAAUUUUUGUUGCUGUUGUUUCUGUACUCUUGGAUCGGUAAUGGGGAAAGUACUUUUAAGUUGCCUGCUGACUUUGGCUGGAGUUCUGCGUGCAGUUGCAUACACAGGUAGCUGUACUUUUGAUGAGCCAUUCCAGACCUGUGGCUAUAGUCAGUCUGAACACAAUGAUAUCAGCUGGGAGCAGGUAAAUACGCUGCUAAAACCGCCCUCUGAUCCAUGGAUGCCAUCAGGGUCAUUUAUGAUGGUGAAUGCUUCUGGAAAUUUUUCUGGUAAAAAGGCAGUCCUCUUGUUACCUCAGCUCAAAGAGAAUGACACACACUGUAUUGACUUCCACUACUUCGUAUCAAGCAAGAGUGGAUCCCUCCCAGGGUCUAUGAAUAUUUAUGUGACUGUAAAUAAUGGGCAGCUAGGAAGCCCUAUCUGGAAUAUAUCAGGGACUGCGACUGGCACAUGGAACCGAGCAGAACUGGCUAUAAGCACCUUUUGGCCAAAUUUUUACCAGGUUUAUUUUGAAGUGAUUACGUCUGGACAACAUGGAUACUUAGCUAUUGAUGAAGUGACAGUUCAUGGUCAUUCUUGCCAAAAAACACCUCAUUUCCUAAAAGUCCAAAAUGUGGAAGUUAACGCUGGACAUUUUGCCACAUUUCAGUGCACAGCAAAUGGAAAGACUUCAACAGCAGACAGUUUUUGGUUGCAGGGCGCCAACGGAAAAGAUGGUGCUUUGAAGGACAUAAAUGUGCGUAACUCACGUCAGUUUAUAACCAUGUUUACUGUAGUGAACACAACAAAAAGAGAUGCUGGCAAUUAUCGUUGCAUGAUCCGAACUGAAGGAGGAGUGGGAGUAUCAAACUAUGCAGAACUUAUUGUUAAAGAGCCACCUGUUCCCAUUGCACCACCUCAGCUUUCAUCAGUGGGAGCAACCUACCUGUGGAUCCAGCUGAAUGCAAACUCAAUUAAUGGUGAUGGUCCCAUCAUAGAGAGAGAGGUGGAAUAUCGUACCACAAGUGGCAGCUGGUAUGACAUACAGCCUGUAGACUCUCCCAGUUAUAAGAUCGGUCAUCUUGAUCCUGACACAGAAUAUGAGAUAAGUGUCCUGUUAACCAGGCCAGGGAAAGGAGGAACCGGCUCUCCUGGACCAGCACUGAGGACUCGAACAAAAUGUGCUGAUCCAAUGCAUGGGCCACGGAAAUUACAAGUGUUAGACAUAAAAUCCAAACAAAUCACCAUUCGUUGGGAGCCAUUUGGAUACAAUGUAACUCGCUGCCAUCGUUACAACCUCACCAUCCAGUACAGAUACCAGGUGGGAGGUCAAGAGCAAGUAAGAGAAGAGGUCAGCUGGGAUGCUGAAAGUUCCAACCCCCAGCACACAAUUACAAACCUGUCCCCAUUUACUAAUGUGAGCGUGAAGCUUGUGCUCAUGAAUCCAGAGGGAAGAAAAGAAAGUCUGGAGCUUAUAGUGCAGACCGAUGAAGAUGUUCCAAGUGCUGUGCCCCUUGAGUCAAUUCAAAGCACUACGUUCGAUGAGAAGAUCUUUCUGCAAUGGAGGGAGCCGGCUCAAACAUAUGGAAUAAUUACUUUGUAUGAGAUCUCUUACAAAGCAGUACGCUCCUUCGAUCCAGCAAUAGAUUUAUCCAAUCAAAGUGGACGGGUUUUAAAACUAGGAAAUGAAACACACUACCUUUUCUUUGGAUUGUAUCCUGGUACAACCUAUUCUUUUACAAUCAGAGCCAGCACAGCCAAGGGCUUUGGGCCUCCCAUAACAAAUCAGUUUACUACUAAAAUCUCAGCACCCUCAAUGCCAGCAUAUGAACUCGAAACACCUUUAAAUCAAACUGACAGCACAGUGACAGUCAUGCUGAAGCCAGCUCAGAGCAGAGGAGCUCCUGUCAGUGUUUAUCAGAUUAUUGUUGAGGAAGAACGCCCUCGAAGGACUAAAAAGACAACAACAGAAAUUCUGAAAUGUUUCCCAGUUCCCAUCCAUUUCCAGAACUCCUCAUUGCUGAAUUCCCAGUACUAUUUUGCUGCAGAGUUUCCAGCUAUCGGUCUUUUAACUUCCCUGCCAUUUACUGUGGGUGAUAACAAAACAUACAACGGUUACUGGAAUUCUCCACUUCUGCCUCACAAAAGCUACAGCAUAUAUUAUCAAGCUGCUAGCAGAGCGAAUGGGGAAACCAAAAUUGAUUGUGUAAGGAUAGCCACAAAAGGUGCUGCAACUCGUAAACCAGACCCUGAGCCUGAAAAGCAAUCAGACCACACAGUUAAAAUUGCUGGAGUCAUUGCAGGAAUUCUACUGUUUGUCAUCAUAUUACUUGGAGUUAUCUUACUGAUGAAGAAAAGAAGAAGCUAUAACUCCUACACAUAUUACCUGAAAUUAGCUAAGAAGCGGAAAGAAACUCUGAGUAGCACAAGACAGGAAAUGACAGUAAUGGUUAAUUCCAUGGAUAAAAGCUACACGGAGCAAGGCACCAACUGUGAUGAAGCGUUUUCUUUCAUGGACACGCACAAUCUAAAUGGCAGAUCUGUCUCAUCGCCUUCAUCCUUUACAAUGAAAACCAACACUUUAAGUACAACUGUGCCUAACUCAUACUACCCAGAUCCAUUUGUGCCAACUGCAAUUUUAGAAAAUCUGGAAUACCAGGACCAGAAUGGGAGUUUGAAAACCAGGACUGGACCAGAAUCUCAUGAGGAUAUGGAGUUAGAUGAAAACCACACAAAUAGUGAAACAAGCAGCUUGGCCCAGACACAUACUUACAAAAAGCGAGAAACAGUGGAUGUUCCAUACCAGACAGGCCAGCUACAUCCAGCCAUUCGAGUAGCAGAUUUGCUGCAACACAUCACACAGAUGAAAUGUGCUGAAGGCUAUGGAUUCAAAGAAGAAUAUGAAAGUUUCUUUGAAGGACAGACAGCACCCUGGGAGUCGGCAAAGAAAGAUGAGAACAGAAUGAAGAACAGAUAUGGGAAUAUCAUUGCCUAUGACCAUUCCAGAGUGAGAUUGCAGAGCACUGAUGAUGAAUCCAGCUCGGACUAUAUCAAUGGGAAUUAUAUUGAUGGUUACCAUAGACCAAAUCACUAUAUUGCCACACAAGGCCCAAUGCAAGAAACAGUAUACGACUUCUGGAGAAUGGUGUGGCAUGAAAACACUGCCAGUAUAAUCAUGGUGACCAACCUGGUAGAAGUUGGUAGGGUCAAAUGUUGCAAAUACUGGCCAGAUGAUACAGAGAUAUAUAAAGAUAUAAAAGUGACACUUAUUGAAACAGAGCUACUUGCAGAAUAUGUCAUAAGAACAUUUGCAGUUGAAAAGAGAGGUGUUCACGAAAUACGUGAAAUUCGUCAGUUCCACUUCACAGGUUGGCCAGACCAUGGUGUUCCGUACCAUGCUACAGGUCUUCUAGGCUUUGUACGGCAAGUUAAAGCUAAAAGUCCAUCCAAUGCAGGUCCUUUCGUCAUUCAUUGCAGCGCUGGAGCUGGCAGGACUGGCUGCUUUAUAGUCAUUGACAUCAUGCUUGACAUGGCAGAAAGAGAGGGCGUGGUAGAUAUUUAUAAUUGUGUAAGAGAACUUCGGUCUCGUAGAGUCAACAUGGUACAGACUGAGGAGCAGUAUGUAUUUAUUCAUGAUGCUAUAUUAGAAGCCUGUCUUUGUGGAGAUACAUCUAUAUCGGCAUCUCAGGUCAGAUCUGUUUUCUAUGAAAUGAACAAAGUGGACCCUCAGACAAACUCCAGUCAAAUUAAAGAGGAAUUUAGGACGUUAAACAUGGUGACUCCAACACUUCGAGUAGAAGACUGUAGUAUAGCACUUUUACCAAGGAAUCAUGAAAAGAACCGUUGUAUGGAUGUCUUACCUCCAGACAGAUGUCUCCCAUUUCUUAUAACGAUAGAUGGGGAGAGCAGUAACUACAUCAAUGCAGCACUGAUGGAUAGCUACGUGCAGCCUUCAGCUUUUAUAGUUACACAACAUCCCUUACCAAACACAGUUAAAGACUUCUGGAGACUGGUCCUUGACUAUCACUGCACAUCAAUAGUGAUGCUAAAUGAUGUAGAUCCUGCACAGUUAUGUCCUCAGUACUGGCCAGAAAACGGGGUGCACAGACACGGCCCUAUUCAAGUGGAAUUUGUAUCUGCUGACUUAGAAGAGGACAUUAUAAGCCGAAUAUUUAGAAUCUACAAUGCUGCAAGGCCUCAGGAUGGAUAUCGUAUGGUGCAACAGUUCCAGUUCUUGGGAUGGCCGAUGUACAGGGAUACUCCAGUGUCAAAACGAUCUUUCCUGAAACUUAUUCGGCAGGUGGACAAAUGGCAGGAAGAAUAUAAUGGAGGAGAGGGCCGGACGGUUGUACAUUGUUUAAAUGGAGGCGGCCGCAGUGGUACAUUUUCUGCAAUCAGUAUUGUAUGUGAAAUGCUCCAACACCAGAGGGCAGUUGAUGUUUUCCAUGCUGUAAAAACACUGCGGAACAAUAAGCCAAAUAUGGUGGACCUUUUGGAUCAAUACAAAUUCUGCUAUGAAGUGGCUUUAGAAUAUUUAAAUUCUGGAUGACUGCGUUAAUGCUAUGAAUAAGCAAACAGAGACAAAAACGUUCACCUCCAUCUCUACCAUGAACAAUGCGAAUUGUUCCUUGAUAUUUGUGUAUAUAAAAUGAAGACUUCAGUGUUCUGCUUAUUUUGCUUUCAUAUAAUUGGCUCUUUUUUAAGAGCUGGAGAAAAGUGUUUCAGAAACUGCUUGCACUGCCUUUUUCCUACUGUGAUGCUGAUGUUUUGACACAUGGACGCAUCUUGAAGUUUAUGGAUUCCACAUCCUCAAAUACCAAGCAGUCUGAUCGAAGCAAUGUAUUCAGUUGACAAAUGAAAGAGCACAAUUACAAUCUCAUGAAGGGAUUUGUACUCUUCUGUUUUAUUGGAUUGACUUUGUUAUUGUCAUACCUACAGUAGUGUUGAUUUUUGUUCUGUGGAAACUGCAGCCCAGCACUAAAACAUAUCAUUUCAGUUAUGUUUGUUCCCUAAUGUGUUUAAAAAAAAAAAAAAAAAAAAAACCAAUAUCUGUAUCUUCUCUGUUUUUAAAAUUGCAAUUUUCACAGGUUACCCCUUUGUUGAAUUAUUAUUACUUUAUUUGUAUAAUUUCGGAAGAAAUAAGAAAUGAAUUUGCAAAAAAAAGUUCAGGAUAAAUAAAUUGUCUAUCCAAAGCG